GGCUGACGUCGGCAGCCGGUCAUAUCGGGGACACGGAAAAGGCAGCUUGUAGAUCGUUAGACUGUGGUGAGAAAUGGCGAUGUUCCGGAGCUUGGAGACUGGAUGGAAGAAGACUGGUGAAGCAGAAAGUGACAGGGAUCCUUCAGAAUUCGUCUGCCCGGUUUGCCUGGAGAUCUAUGAUCGACCAGUAACAACGAUUUGCAACCACACGUUUUGCUACUCCUGUCUUCAAGAGUGUUUACGUCCGAAGAAACCUGUGUGUGCAGUGUGCCGAUCUCAGCUUAAUAAAUGGUCACCAGCAGUUAAGCUGGAUGCUCUAAUACAGAAGUCCCAGGGAAAAUGUAAGGGGUGCCAUACCCAGAUAUACCUUUCCCAGAUGAGGAGUCACACUGCUGGUUGUCCUAAAUUUCAGGAGUACAUCAUGGAAGGAGUCAAUAGAACUGCCAAGUCACAGUCACAAGUAGUCAACCCUGUGCCAAAUCGGUUCACAUUUACAUGCCCUUAUUGUAAUUCCCAAAAUCUGGAUCAGGAGGGAUUGAUAGAGCACUGCACGUCUCAGCAUGCCCGUGAUCCUCGCCUUGUGGUCUGCCCAAUCUGUGCUUCAAUGCCAUGGGGAGAUCCUAACUAUAGAAGUACAAACUUCUUCCAGCACUUGAAAAUGCGACACACUUUCUCCUAUGAUACUUUUGUGGAUUUUGAUGCAGAUGAGAAUGCCAUGAUGCAAGAAGCUCUACAACGUUCUCUUUUAGACAAUUAGUUUACAUCUGGAGUCUAGAUGCAGUGCAUCAGAGUUCAAGCCACGCUGUUAAAGGUGUAGAUUUCAUGUUCACCCGAUAGCAUUGUCCUGCACUGAAAUAACUAAUGUAUUCCCAUUUUUCCUGGUUGAAGUGUGGACGGGUCAGCCAUUUAUAAGUUGAGUGUAUUGUUCCGUUUGCUUUUUUGUUAUCUUUGUAUUGUGUUGUCUCUAGAAGACACAUUGGGAGACCAAAACCUUAGAGAACACACCCUUAUUUUAGAGUAUCCCUUGGGAUGAUAUAUUGUAUUGUAUUGCUUUAAGUUUUGGAACAUAUAUUAACGGGUUAACUUAAUAUCAUAUAUUAACAUGUAAGAAAUGUGAUCUGUAUCAGGGUGUGCAAUAGAAGCCUGUUGAGUUUAGUUCAGUCUGUUGAGCAACUGUGCAGUUUACAGUGAAAUAUACUGUAUUAGUCUUGAAUCCCAUUUUUGGAAGCCUUAAAUUCCAAAAGCAAUGAGAAUUUGUUUUGUAGAGUUAUUUAAACGUUUACUAUGUUUUUAACAAGGAAGCAUUUAGUGCCUUCUAAAUGAUUGCAAAUGAAAUCCUAAUAAAGAUGUACGAUGUAAAAAGCA